AUGCAGAAACCCUUUGUUUUAGGCAACAAAAUUGUAUGUUCAAAUGAGAUACAUAAAAAAUAAAAUAUGUAAAUCAUUGCUUUGUGUUUAACUGAUGAUUGCAAUUCUAAGAAAACCCUCUGUCCUCAAUGUUUUAAUGAACAUGACAAAAGCCAUAUAAUAAUUGAAUUGUCUAAUUUGACUUCCCAAUUAUAGGAAUAAUAAGAAUUCUAGACCAAUCAAAGAAACGAGAAAUACUAGCUUUUAAGUUCGAAACAAGAUCUUUGUUACGAGUUAAUUUGUGAAAAAUUGGGUUAGAUCUAAAAGGAAGCAAAUCAGGCUAAGCAAUUAAGCAAACAAAAGAUAGAAGCCGAAUCUAAAUCGCAUUUUGCAAAUAACUUAAGGAAUGAGGAAGAAUUAGAAUAAUUAGCAAAAGAGUUGUAGAAUAAGGUGAAUGCAGAUCAUUUUAAUCCUAGACUCAUUAAAAUCUUAAAUCAAAAGAACAUUCUGUUAGGAUAUGAGAAGUUUGUAACCAAAUUUUUAUUUGAUGCAUGCUUGUUCCUAAAUAGCACUGAUUGUGCUGAACAAUGCGAAUAUUUUAUGGAUAAUCAACUAAUGAGUUUAAAAAGUCUUAUGAGCAACAUAAAUGAUGUCCGAUAAGAAAUAAUAGUUGGAUUCUAAGACGAAGAGCAAAAUCUAUUGUACAUGCAAUCUAUUUAUGAAAAAUUGGAUCAGAGUUUCUAACUCUACCUCUCAAAAAAACCUCAAUAAGUUAGUGAUGAAUAGGUAUAAUAUAUGAACAAUCUAAUAAAAUUACCAGUUGGGUAAAUAUUACAAUCCUAUCCAACAGAAACACUUAUAACAAAUUAAUUUCAGAUCAUUUUUGAUAACCCCUUCUCAAAAGUAAUAACAAAAUAGAAUUUAAAUCAUUUGAAAACCUUAUGCAAUGAGAAAUCUCUUAUAUGCAUAGGGGCCAUCAAAUCAUCAGAUCCUAAUCUCCUGAUUCUCUGCUCUAUUGAUUAUGCAAGUGAAUUAUUGCAAUCUACUUCGGAUUUCAAAGUGGCAAGAAAAAGCAGAAGUGGAUCAGUUUACUGGUACAAUAAGUAUGGAGUCUUUUGUGGAGUCAUUGGAUUCUCUCCAAUAUAAUAAAUUGACAUUGGAAAUGCCCUUAACAUCCAUUGUGAUUCUCAAAUAUUGGAAGGAGAUCUACGUUUCAGUAUGUAGAUUGAUCAUAAAACCAGUCUUAGGAUUGGCAAAGACAUUACUGAUCAUCCUAAUUAUAGAUGGUAAUUAUAUUUAAAAUAAUGA